GACUGAAUGAGCAGUCCAACUCGCCCGUUCGGCAAGUUGGAUCAACAGGUCUACCUUCAUCCCGUCCUCGUAGCUCCCUCUUUCGAGACCAGAUCGAACUUGCUCUUGUUCUAUCUCGAUCAGAGUCACUGUUGGAACUUUACGAUUUAAAAACCGCAAGAACUCGUUUUCUCGUAUAAAUUCGAAUUGAUCGUAUAAAAUGGCAACAGUUAACUAAAUACCUUGAACUACCUCCACUAUACGAGAAAUUCAAUUAUUUCGGAAUCGACGUCGUUUCGGAAGCGAUCUUUCGAUAAAUUGUAAAAAUGCUUAAGUCGAAAACGGUCUGAAAUGGUCCACAACGUGAUUAAAAGCCCACUCACGACUUUAUACGAAAUUAAGCCCAAUCGUUAUGACGGUUUAUCUUUUAUUCUGCAGGAGAAGAUAAAUGUCAAGUUCGGAGGAUAAAUGUGAAGUUUUCAAAGAUAAACACGAAGAUCGAAGGAAAAUAUAAUAUUUCCGCGAAGCGAUAAACUCGACCGAGGGCAGAAAGGGAAAGAGCAAACUGCCUCUAGGAGGAGUAUAUAAGGACAUCGAGGUUGAAGAGGCAAAAGACAAUUCUUUUUACUCUUAGAACUCUCUGCACUUAGAAACUUUAGGCAUUAUUCUCGACAUGUUCUGUUUCUAUGAAUGGCACUCGAUUACUAGACGAACUCGCAAAGGCAGUUUGAUCUCUUGCUCUACUCUUUCAAUCGAACUACAUUCAGCUUGAUCCUCGAAAUGGGUACGUAGGCAGCCUUUCACAAGGUUCAGUCCGAUAUCAAUCAAAACAUUUUUCAUAUCUUUUUUGUCUUCUGAUAUCGAGUUACGACUCAACUAUGUUUAAGGUUUUAGGUUGCUAUAACUAGGUAAUUCUCUGACAGCUCUUGCGGCCAAAGUUUUUAUAAUCUCUUGUAAUGAUCACAACGCUCUUAUGCGGAUUCGAAAUAAGAUUUACAUUUUCUAUAAAUUCGUUUUGUUAUCUUUUCAUAUUUUCCGCAUUUAUUUGGUCACUUGUCGUUGACUCUCGCAGAGAAUCCGGGACCUCAGGAAAAGUUAGGGUUUCUUGACUUUGCUCCGAUUACAGAAAUUGUGCGAAUUUCGCUUCCCACAAUAUAUAUAAAAAAACAAAUGAAGAAGAAAACAGAGCCACCGACAAACGCCGGCGGCCCAAACACGAUGUAAAUUUAGUAACUAUGUUUUUUCUUUUGUGAUCGCUGAAGAGAGAACAAACUGUUUUAUUAGUACUUUUAUUUUAUGUAGGAAAACAAAUAUAAACAGUUUGAAAUUGUUUUUUAUUCUGUUUUUUUUUUUUUACAUUUAUUUUUUUGUUAAUUUGCGUAACACAUGCCAAAUAUUUGCGUUUUAGUAUAUAAGGAAUGAUUAGCAGGGGUAAACUAAAACCUAAACAGAUUUGCGGUCGUACGGGAUAAAGAUGAAUAUAAUAGUUUACUAUAUAGUUUUAGAAAGUGUAUGAUUACAUAUUUUCAGGGUUUUUACAACAAAUCUUCCCUAGUCAAUUGACCUCAGUAUAGACAUGCAGCAUGCAAAGGGUCCUUCUUCUCUCUAAACCCUAAUCGUCGGUGAAUUCUGAUCCCAAAACGAUUUCGCCUUUAAUCGUAAACCUACGCAAACCCUAAAUCUGGGAUUUUAUUUCUUCCUCUGUAAAACCUAAUUUGUCUCUCUGUUUGAGGCGAAUCCGAUUCGAUGUCACUCGUCCGUUGCUUAUCCCUCAGAUCGGUGCUUAACGCUCGCCGUUACCGAUCAUCUUAUGCUUGUCUUGUCCCCUUCAACUCUCGUCGCGAUGAAGAAGAAGAAGAAGAAGCUACACGCCGAUUUCCAGAAACUCGGAGUUACCACAGUUUCAUCCACCACCAGAGCUCGUUAAUUGGUGGUGUCUCAAACUUCUCCCGCAAUCGCUCUUCCUUCCACUCUCCCGCGAUUCCGUCUCAUCGCACCAUUUCGACCUUCAACUUCGCUGGCGCGAUCGGAACUGUUGAAAUCCUCACCGAUUGGGUUUUGAAAUCUGCGGUUUCUAAUGUCCAUGCUUUACACAAUGUUGCUGAUGCUCUUGCUUCACUUCAACACUUGCUUGCCUUGCUCAAUGCUUUCACAUUUUCUCAAUGGUGGGUGUGUAUCAUCGUCACAUCGCUUUUGAUUCGGGGAGUGACGAUUCCGGUUAUGAUUGAUUGGCUAAACAACAUUGCUGACUUUUUCAAGAAUGUUGGCUUGCACUCUGCUUCAGCGCAAGGGGAGGCUCUAAACAAGGCAUCACUUCUCACAAAAAGUGGAAGAGUAAUGUACACCGUGUUGGAAAAGGAGUUUCUUGGAGUGAAAGGAUCAAUCAGUGGCAAGGGCAUUCAGGUUCCUGUCUUCUGGCUUUCCACUGCAGAGUUAAGACAAAACAUGGCUGGGAUUCUUGUUUCCUGUCUUCGUGGUAAGACAUUUUCAGCGGAACUAAUCAGGAACAGAGUCUUGAGCAAAGGACGCUUAGUGAUAGUCGUUGGUGAUGGAUUCGGCCUUGAAAUCCAAAUCUUCGAUCUUGAUUUCUCUCUUAUCCUCAGGCGUCGUCAAGUCCAGAAACAGGCUCAGCAAUACCAUCAGUAUCUAUUGGAGUAGCAGGGAAACUAAUGCGACAAUGACAUAAAGCUACGAUUUAAUAACUUCGGAUUUCAUUCAGCAAUAAUUAUUUUUAUUUCUUUAUUUGUUGUUGGUUGAAAUUGAUUUCGUAACCUAUUGCGUAUUGAUGUUUACCUGUUGAUGAAGCAUGCGCAAUUUGUGAACAAAGCGUGUCUGGACUUUAGAGGACUCGAAAACUUUGGGAAAAUACUAAUAAUCAUUCUUAUUA